CAUUUGCCUCCAGAGAUGGGCACAGCUGAGGGUGACACGGCCGGGCGGGGCCUGAAUUCCACCACGGGCGUCCCCGAGAUGGAGCUGUCCAGGAAUGUUGACAAGGCAAUCGGCUCUGAGUCGAGCUCCAGGGAGAGGCCGAGGCUGGUUCACGCCUACAUCAUCAGCUACCUGAAGAAGGAGAUGCCCUCCGUGUUUGGGAAGGAAAACAAGAAGAAGCAGCUGAUCCUCAAGCUGCCCGUCAUCUUCGCCAAGAUUCAGUUGGAGCAUCACAUAUCUCCUGGCGACUUCCCAGACUGCCAGAAGAUGCAGGAGCUGCUGAUGGCUCAUGACUUCACCAAGUUCCACUCGUUGAAGCCGAAGCUGCUGGAGGCCCUGGAUGAGAUGCUGACCCACGACAUCGCCAAGCUCAUGCCCCUGCUCCGGCAGGAGGAGCUGGAGAGCACGGAUGUGGGUGUGCAGGGGGGCGCUUUCGAGGGCACCCACAUGGGUCCCUUCGUGGAGCGGGGGCCCGAUGAGGCCCUGGAGGACGGAGAGGAAGGCUCGGAUGACGACGCCGAGUGGGUGGUGACUAAGGACAAAUCCAAGUACGACGAGAUCUUCUACAACCUGGCGCCGGCCGACGGCAAGCUGAGCGGCACCAAGGCCAAGACCUGGAUGGUGGGCACCAAGCUCCCCAAUUCCGUGCUGGGCCGCAUCUGGAAGCUGAGCGAUGUUGACCGCGACGGCAUGCUGGACGACGAGGAGUUCGCCCUGGCCAGCCACCUCAUCGAGGCCAAGCUCGAGGGCCACGGGCUGCCCACCAACCUGCCCCGCCGCCUGGUGCCACCCUCCAAGCGGCGCCACAAGGGCUCGGCCGAGUGAGCCAGCCCGCCGCCCCACCCUCGCCUGCCCGUUCUCCCUCCCUCUCGCCCUGCUGUGGCUCCCCAGCUCUGGAUGGCUGCACACACGUCUCCACCCCCGCCCACAAGCGCGCUCCCUGCCCACUCUCCCAGCUGUAAGGAUGGGGGUCCCUCUGCCCCCACCCCCCCACCGUCAAACAGUGGGGACCAGGGAAGGGGCAAGGCUUCUCUGCCCACCCUCCACGUCUCCACCCUCACGUUACACGUAGCACGUCAUUCCGACACUAACACACGGAAGCACCCAUCCGUGCCUCAUUCAUUCACGUAUUUAUUGAGCACCUUCUAUGUUCAGGGCUCCUUCUAGACACUGGGGAGUAAAACAGACACAUUUAUCUGCUGCUCUCAUGGAGCUGACAUUCUCAGGAGAGAGCACGCCCAAGGGUCACUCACACUCAGACACACACCCAGCCCCAACCAGUCUGAUCCCUGAUUCUGAGAGAGACCCCUCGCCUAUCCCCAUAAGUGAGCCGCCGCUUGGUUGAAAUGACUAACACAGGGGCCCCACCGCCCCACUUCCUCUUGCCCAUUGGGGCAAGGCCCCUCCACCCCAUCGGGUCCUCAGGACCACCGGGGGCUCAGAGCCGGGAGAUGCAACCUCCUACUUCCUCCGCGGGACCCCUCUUAGCCCCGCCCCCAGUUCCGGCCACACCCCUUUCUUGACUAAGGAUCCUCGGUUGACGAAAAACCCCCUCCACGCUUAUUCCUCCCAAACCCGCGCACACUCGGAGGCCUUCUGUCCUCCAGUGCUCACCUGCUCUGGACUGAAAGCCUGGCCUGCUACCCGCCCCCCACCCCCACCCCCGCCCCCCAGGCUCCCCACAACUGAUGGUCUGCAUUUUAGACGGCGGGGGCACGGCCUCUCCGCCCACCGUCCAUAUUUAAGUGGAGCCCCUGCCAGAUAGGAAAGCCCCAGGACGUCAUUUUAGUCCCCUUUUCAGGGACGUCGUGGGGGGAGGGGUUCUUGGUGCUACAGCCCUCCCUCCCCUCCCCUAAAAGGAACUCUCACCCCCCACUACACACACCUUUUCCUGCCUUCAACACACUUUAGUGCUUGGCCCUGGUGGGGGAGCCCACGGAAAAGAUGGGGGGAAGAGCGAAAUAGAUGGGGAUGACGCCCCCUUCAGGGAGCUCGCUGGGAUUCCCACGCCCAUCACCUCUCACCCCGUGCCCCGGAGGGGACUGUGAACGGAAUAGCGUUCCCAGAGUGCAAAUAAAGCCAAGGCUUCUUUCCCA